AUGGACACCAUUUCUACGCUGUGGAAGCUGGACACCAUCGGCCGAGCCACGGGCUAUGUCACCAAUUCUGAGAACGAGCAUCUUCGUCUUCAGAAUUUCAUCGAGAAUAAAUUCCUUGAUCGUUCGCACACAUCGGAAUGGAUCGACUCGCUUGACCCUCGCUCGGGCAAUAUCUUGCUGAAACUGCCUCUUAGUCCCCAGAACGUCGUUGAAUACGCCGUCAAUGUGGCAUCUCGGGCUUUCAAGACCUGGUCCAAAACGUCUUCUUACAAGCGAUCUGAUCUUCUGCUACGGAUUGCGAACAUCCUGGAAGAGAAGAAGGAGAUGUUUUCGGUAUGGGAAAGCAUUGAUCAAGGCAAACUGCUCAAUCGAGCUCGCCGUGAAGUUGACUGUGCCAUUGAAAUUUUCCGAUACUUUGCCAGAUACAUACUGCAUGAUGAGGAUACUGCGGUGCAUCUUAACAGAGCACCAGAACAGUCCACCCUGACAUACGAACACCGAUUGCCAGUCGGGGUUUACGCGAUUAUCACUUCGUCAAACAUGCCGUUUUACCUUUUAGCUUCAAAUAUUGCCCCCUGCCUUGCAUUUGGAUGUACGGGUGUGGCCAAGCCAAGUGAACACUCUAGCAUGACUGCCUUUUUACUUGCCGAAGUGCUCCUCCAAGCCGAGCUGCCACCUGGUGUGAUGAACAUCGUUUUCGGAAAUGGACCUGACACCGGUUCGACUCUGGUAGGAUUGCCCCUCGUGCAGGGAGUUUCGUUUACUGGAGGGACCGAAACAGGAAUUCAGAUUCGAAAGGACACUGCGGUUGACAUUCACAAGCGCUUGUCUCUCGACAUCCGGGCCAGUAGUCCAACCCUAGUCUUUGGCGAUGUUGACCUCGAUGACGCAGUUUCUACAGCAGCCUACGCGGCGUUCGAAAACAGUGGACAGCUCUGUCUGGGCGGUUCUCGGAUCUACGUGUACCGAUCGAUUUACAAGAUUUUUCUCGCCAAGCUAAUCCGAUUUGUCGUCGAGAAUUACCAGGUAGCCAGAGACCUUGGUCCAGUCGUUUCUCAGGAGCAUUACGACAAGAUUCGAUCCCGCCUUGUUCAGGCCAGUGAAGAAUAUGUCAUAUUUGAGAUUGGUGAGAUCCCCAAGGAAGCUCCGAAUGAUGGUUUCUGGGUCGGUCCGACAGUCUUAAGCCACAUACACCCUAAUAGUCGCUUAGUUCAGGAGGAGAUCUUUGGGCCUGUGGCCGCUGUUUAUUCAUUCGAUACAGAAGCAGAAGUGGUCAGGCUGUGCAAUAACAAUUCCAACGGAAUGGGGGCUGUGAUCUUGACCGAUGACCUGUCCCGCAUGCGCCGAGUCGGAGAACAUCUUGAUGCAGGGCUUACAUGGGGAAGUUGCUGGCUGGGCCGUGAGCUCGGUGCGGGAUUGAAUGACGUGAAGGCGGCUGGCACGGGGCGUGGAGGAGGCGCACGUAGCCGGGAUGUCUUUACACGACUGCAAGCGGUGCAUGUUCCAUCCUACUAA